GAUUUUGUUGAAUUUGGAUUUUUCUUCGUUGUGAUCGAUCGUAAUUGACGUUUCCAGCGACUUGAAUUUUGUUGUUCUUGGGGUUCUUGAUCAAUUCUUGGUUAUCGAUAAUCUAGGUUUUCGAGUUUCUCUCGAGAAGAUCAAUCUUUCUUGUUUUCUUGAUCGUUUCUGGUUUCUUGUUUUCUUGAUCGUUUCUGGCCACAAGGCCGAUUCUCGUUCUGUUUUCCAUCGGCAAAAAUGGCUUCUUCUCGUACUAGGCGUGUGGAGUACGACCGCUUCAUCCCGUUCCGGUCGGCGAUGGACAUGGACUACGCACGCUUUGCCCUAACCAUGCCUUCGCGACCGCAGCGUAAUGGUUCGAGAGAAUCCCCAUCGAGCGUGGCGUACCAAAAGCUUCUUGAUGAGUGCAUUUUGAAGAACAGGUCUCGUAUCCUCGCUUUCAAGAGUGCACCCGAGGCGCCGGCCAGCAUGCUGCCCCAAUUUGACGAGCCCAUUCGGCCGCCGAAGAAGCAGCAGAGGCGAAUCCCUAGAGAACCAGAGAGGGUUUUGGAUGCCCACGGCAUGUUGGAUGAAGAUGGUUUGAAUCUCCUCGACUGGGGAAGCAAUAAUAUGUUGGCGAUUGGCCUCGACGACACAGUGUGCCUCUGGGAUGAUGCAAACAAGUCGACUAAGGUGCUUCUACAAGCCGUAGAAGACAGCGGACCUAUCACUAGCAUCAGCUGGUCGCCGGAUAGCACAGUUCUUGCUGUCGCAUUAGGCAAUUCAGUUUUAGCCUUGGUUGAUCCGGCAACAGGAAAAGAUGUGAAUGUGACGGAAGAAGAUGAGAACCUGACCCCUGUGUUGUCACUUGCGUGGAGAAGUAAUUCAAUCUUGACGGUUGGAAGAUCAGAUGGCACUGUUGUUGAUUAUGACUUUAGAAAGGAUGACACGUCCAUCUGUUUCUAUAAUGGGCAUCGGCGUGGAGUUUGCAGUCUUAAAUGGUCUGCGUUGUCGGGGCGGUAUUUGGCGAGUGGAGGGCACGACAAACUAGUGUACAUAUGGGAUGCCUGCAUGCCGGUCUCACAACACCAUCCUCGCCGACAUAAGUGGCUUCACCGCAUCAGCAGCCACACUUCCAUUGUGAAGGCCCUUGACUGGUGCCCAACUAGGAGCAACCUGCUGGCUUCUGGUGGAGGUCGCAAUGAUCAUUGCAUUAAGUUUUGGAACACUGUUAACGGUGCUUGCUUGAACUCGAUCGAUGCUGGCUCUGAAGUUUGUGCAUUGCUGUGGGACAAGAACAAAUCUGAAUUACUAACCUCCCAUGGUUCUCCGAAGAAUCAACUCACCCUGUGGAAUUACCCAUCCAUGACGAGAGCGGCUGAGCUUUCCGGUCAUUCAUCCCGGGUUCAUUUCUUGGCUAGGAGCCCAUUGGGAGGUGUAGUAGCUUCUGCAACAGCAGAUGAAACACUCAGGUUUUGGAAUAUCUUUGAGACUCCCAAAACAACAAAACCUGAAUUGCCCUUUGCCCAAUUUAGUGUCAUAAGAUGAAAAGGCUGAUUGGUGGAAAAGAUUAUGAGAGCAAUAUGAAAGACUUCUCUGGUGCUUGACUUGAAAAUCCAUUGUUGGCAAAGUUGCACGGAGAAAUUUGGUGGAAUUAAAUUGACAACACAGUUUCAUAGUAAGCAUGAGUGCAAGCGCCUAUGGUAAGUUAGAAGCCUUACAACAUUUUACAGCAGAUUAUGAGAGCAAUAUGGAAGACUUUUCUAGUGCUUGACAUGAAGAUCCAUUGUUGGCAGAGUUGCACAGAGAAGUUUGGUGGAAUUAAAGUGGCAACACAUUUUCAUAGGAGUAUGACUGCAAGCG